AUUUUACCUUUCACUUUCUCACUCUUUCCCUGCAAGUCUGCAACUUUCUCACCACACUCCACCAACACAAAGCAAAGCUUCUACCUUUUUUCACACAAACAACCAAACUUACCUCAUUUUUUUCAUCUUCAUGCUUCCCAAAAAAGAAACCCUUUAUUCUUCUUUCUAGGGUUUUGUGCUCAAACUUGAAAUUCAAAUUUUCAAUUCAAAAUCUUUUUUUUUUUAUCAUCUUUUACUUCAAUUCCAUCUCUGAAAACUCGAAAUUUUCAAUUGGGUAUUCGGCAUUGAUCUUCUAAACAGAGAUUUCGUGAAGAAUAUUCUAGAAUCUAGGGUUUUGCAAUGUCGGGUCCACCCAGAGUUCGAUCCAUGAAUGUCACUGUUGGAGCAGAUUCUGAUUCCAAGGCAGCUCGUCCUGUGAAGAAUGUGAAGAAACCGGUGCCGGCGCCCGAAACGGAGAAGAAGAAAACUUCGCCGCAGUGUGUGGUGGUUACACCGGCGGUUUUGAAGCGGCGGGAUCAUUGUGGGGUUGUGGGGAUGAAGAAUAUGUCGAUGAAUGCUUCGUGUUCGUCGGAUGCUUCAUCGACAGAUUCUUCGGCUUGUAGUAGUGGCGCCUCGUCGAGUGGGAAAGUGGCGAGGCGUGUGGGGAAGAAGCAGGUUGGUGCAAAGGUUGAGAAGGUGAGUAUUGAUGCAGUUGUUGCUGUUCCUGCUCCUGUUGAGGUGGAAUCGAUUGAUGGCUUGGAAGGCAAGAAAAGGUGUGCUUGGGUUACACCAAAUACAGAACCAUGUUAUAUUGCUUUUCAUGACGAAGAGUGGGGAGUUCCUAUUCACGAUGAUAAGAAACUGUUUGAGUUGCUCAGCUUCUCUGGAGCCUUGGCAGAACUCUCGUGGCCCACCAUUCUUGGCAAAAGGCAGUUAUUUCGGAAAGUAUUUUUGGAUUUUGAUCCAUGUGCUGUUUCAAGAAUGAAUGAGAAAAAGAUAGUUGCACCCGGAAGUCCUGCCAGCUCAUUGUUGUCAGAACUCAGGCUGCGAUCCAUAAUUGAAAAUGCACGUCAGAUGUGUAAGGUAAUAGAAGAGUUUGGGUCCUUUGACAGCUACAUUUGGAACUUUGUGAACAAUAAGCCUAUAGUCAGCCAAUUCCGGUACCCACGCCAGGUACCUGCCAAAUCUCCAAAAGCAGAAUUCAUAAGUAAAGACCUCGUAAAGAGAGGAUUCAGGAGCGUGGGACCGACAGUCAUCUACACUUUCAUGCAAGUGGCUGGGCUAACAAAUGACCACCUUAUCGGUUGCUUCAGAUUCAAGGAGUGUAUCUUCUCCAAUGCAGAAGCAGAAGGCAAAGAGAGCAGCUCCCUCAACUCUAAGGUCAAGGAGAAGUCAAAUGAGGAUCCAACCAAUGUCGGUCUGUUGCUAUCUGUGAACAAGUUGAGCUUCUCCUCUUAGGAAACAGAUUCGCUGCAGUCAGUGGUCACUAUACUUGGUUAUCUCAAUCGUUGAUCAAGAUUGUAUAGUUGAGAUUUCGAGUUUCUGAUUUGUCAAAAUCUCAAUGUGAGCUGUCUGGUUUACUUCCAAUGGUUUAGAUCUAUUGACUACGGUUACUGUAGGAAAUUUCAACUGCGGGGGAUCAGGGUCCCUCCACUUAUUACCACAAUGGCCUUGGUUACAUUGGCUAUGUUGUUAUUAAUCUGGUAGUUGUUAGGGAAGUUGGGUAGGUUGUGUACAAAAUCCAUACAGAUAUGAGUGAAAUAGCCAGAAGGCAGUUGUAUUUGUAUACCAAAUUGAGCUUUGGUAAUUCUUCAUGUUCUUGUGUAUUAAAAGAUAUGCUGCAAAGUAGUCAUAGUUGUUGAAUUUCUCCUACCCUUUUCCUUUUA